AUGCGGUUGAAUAUUACGAUUCCCAAUGAGCACCACGAUGAUGCCUGCACUUGCGUUGCGGUGUCGUUGACGGGCGAUGUGCUAAGCGCAGGUGAUGAUUUCGUCUUACGGCGCUGGAGCCCUAACGGGGAGCCGAUGGGUAAAGUAAAGGAAUUUGAUAGCUGCAUCACGUACAUUGCGUGGGUGCCGCUACAAGGCGGACGCAAAGGUCGCAGUGCCAAUACCGGAUCUGUAGAGGGGAAGGGAAAUUACCUUGUGGCUUGCGCUGAUGGAACAAUCUCAUUUAUGAAUACGUCUUCUGACCGUGUGGAACGUACCAUCGACGCGCACACUGGCACGAUAACAGGUGUUGUGUACUCUGGAGAUACCUCUUCUAUCAUUUCUUCUGGUGAGGAUGGGUGUGUUAAGGUUUGGUCACAGGCUGGUAUCCCUCGCACAACUCUCGUCUCGGCGGGGAGGUGUGUCUAUGGCAUUUGCUGGGGUUCGGAGACAACAGAGCUCGGUGGCGAUUGUGUGCUUUACUGUGUUGGUAGCGAGGUGACCAUCAAACCUCUCAAUCCAGCGGUGAAGAAACAGUUGAAGUGGAAGGCUCACAAUGGGAUUGUUUUGGCCGCAGACUGGUCACUUAUGACAGGGUUCAUUGUCACAGGUGGCGAAGACGGGACCUACAAGGUAUGGGAUCCGUACGGCCGCAGUAUUUACGUUUCCGCUGCAGGUGGACAUCCAUGUACUGCUGUGAAGUUUUCAGCUGAUGGUGAAAUGUUUGCGGUGGGGUCCUUUAUGAACAUUCGGGUAUGUGACAAGACGGGGUGGAGUCACACAUAUGAACGACUUUCUGAGGGAAGUGCGCUUUCACUGCAGUGGACCGCUGAUGGAACGCAGGUGGUUAUGGGGUGUGGGAGUGGUUCUGUGUGUACUGCCCAGCUUAUAGACCGAAAGAUGUACUGGAGCCACUUCUGCGUCACUUUGGUAGACGGAAAUAGACUGCUUGUUCAGGAUGUACUCACAGACGCGGUCGAGGAAGUAGAACAACGUGACAAGGUCAUCAAAGUAGAAGUGGGUUACGGAUACCUUGUUUCAUGUACCACAACGCAAUGCGCAUGCUAUCCUAUUGACCGCCUUUCUGCACCAGUGCAAUUUGAUCUCCGUGAUGUCGUCAUUACGCUAAUCCUUGGUCAGAAACACUUGUUGCUGGCAGAUUGCAACUCUGGAAUGCAGAUUUACUCGUAUGAGGGUCGUCUCAUUUGCACCCUUCGUCUCCAAUCGUUCCUGAGACCAGAGAUUAUGGCGCCCGAUCUUGUCUCCCUUUCGCCGGACACAGUUGCAAUUCGAAAUCCCGCUGAUCCAAGAAAAAUCCUUUUCUUUGACACCACUAAUGGGAAAGCGAUGGAAGAUGCAACCAUUACUCAUCAUCUUGACGUCAUUUCGCUGGAGUUGUCGCAGCACGGCGAACUGAGUGAGCGCAAGAUUGCCUUCGUGGAUCGGAACCGCGACAUGCACUUUGGAGCAGUGCAUCGCAAAGUUGGAGCUGCGCAAAAAAUCAGCACCAUGACUUCCAGUUUAGCGUGGCACGGUGAGCAUGAAAUCCUCGUUGCGAUUGCGGAUGGACGACUCACGACGUGGUACUAUCCAACCAUUCUGUUUUCCGACAGGGGUCUGCUGCCCACGACAAAGACUGUGAGAGAUGAUGGUGGAGACGAGUUUUCGCGGAAUGAUCGAAUUGUUUCGUUUUCUGGCACCCGAGUAAGCAUUCGACGGGGAGUGGAUGGCGCCCUCUUAACAUUUAACACCUCACCGUAUCCCUCCUUCAUUUUCGAGCACGUGGCACGACACGACUUUUCGAGCGCCACGCGCCUCGCGCGCUUCUUGGAUGAGAAACCUCUAUGGGGCAUUUUGGCCGGCCUCGCCCUUCGGCACGGUGACCUGAAUGUGGUGGAAAUUGCAUAUGGUGCCCUCUUUGAACUUGACAAGGUACGCUAUAUUCGGUACCUAAAGAGCAUUCCCACACCGGAAGGUCGGCAAGCGGAACUAGCUUUGUUUCAGCGCCGCUCAGCUGAGGCGGAGCGCAUUUUACUUCAGGCUGGUCUCAUAUACCGCUGUAUUGAUAUGCAUACCCGAUUGUUCAACUGGGAGCGCGCUUUGGAAGUCGCAGCGGAGCGGAAGACUCAUGUAGACACCGUGCUUGCGAGGCGGCGGAGGUAUCUCGAUGCUGUAAAGAGGACAGAGGAUAUUCCUCUCUUUAAGGAGCUCGGUGCGUCUGUCCGUGUAGAUUGGGAAACGGUUGUUGAGAAGGUGAGACAGGAGGAAGAGAAGGAAGCUCAGCGGCCUGGUGCCAAGCCCUACCAGUAG